CUUCACCGCGUAUCAGUUGCUGCAGAGUAGUCGUCCCUCUUGUUUGCAGCGAACUGAAUGCCUGAGUUGGAAGCGAUCGCGGAGGGCGCGGAGCUACCGUAAGACGGCAGUAAGGCGCCAAGGGCAGAAUAGAACCGCCAUCACCCAGAACGGCCGCCUAUUGCUGCCGGACCUCCCCCAAGCGCUCCGAACAGCAGCAGAGCAGCCGCUGCAGAAGAGGCAAAGCAUCAUUGUUGACGUCGAUGCUAUUGUCGCCAGAAAUUGCAUGAUAGCACGAAGUGUAACGAUACGGCUGAGCGCACUAUAAACGCACCGACGUCAAAAGGGGCGCUAGGAGACGUCGAGUGGCAGAACAAACGACCACCAGGUGGCCGACGCAGUUGGCAGCCUAUCACAUCCUCUCGAGUCAUGCUGAGAAUCAGCUGCUGAAGAAGAGUGGAUGGACGCACAGUGCUCUCAAACAGCAAUACAAAAUCACGCCCCUUACGGUUCUUCUACAGGCUGCCCUACACUAGUGAGGAAUGAGUAAAAGUAUAGCCUUAUAUAAGACAUAAAAAGGAUUUAUCUCGUGUGAAUACUGUCAAACGCUACUAAAGAUCCAAACCAGUAGCGCAGUAACCAUGUGCCAGUUAGUAUCUCUCCAAAUGGAAUUGUAAACGCGCAUCGGUGGCUGGAAAGACUCGAUAAAAAUGAUCUGCAGUGAUGUUCAGUCUGUGCUAACCGCCGACCGGCAAUCUAAAAAGCAAACAAUAAUUUCUGUUUAACGACUAGUUCAAAGGCAGGAAGUAAAGAGGUAAACUAGGAUUUUUCGUCGAACAUCACGAUGUGUUAGCUGAUCGUUGCUGAAUCACUGAAAAGCUUCUGCAGAACGAAACAAAACAGAGUUCAUCGUAGACGCGUGGCAACGCGACAACGCGAUGAAGUACACGCGUUUAACGGCAGACGUGGAGCGCUUUGGAGUAAGCGGUUAUGGGCGAUGUUUACAACCUCGAAACUUUCUGACGACACUUGGAGCUGGUAUACUUUUCGGUUUCGGUACAGCGUAUAUUGCGCUAUGCGUGGUAAGUCUGCGUCCGUUAAGUCCGCCCGUACUUGGAUCGUUGGAUCCUGCAGCUGGUGGUGGGAUAGGUGGCGCCGAAGUAUCGGCCACUGUCUCCUCACGCCGAUCACUCCUUUAUCCGCGUUCUGUCUAUCAACACAUUUCAGACCCGCAUUCGGGGCAUUCGAUAGUGCUAGAUGAAGAUGCACCGGAGUCACCAGUUAGCUUCCAUGAACAUCGAGAUUCUGCCCACGAUACGGUGGCGCGUGAACUGGCUAAACGAGUUCGAUUACUUUGCUUCAUUCUAACGUCACCAAAUACCCAUGCAACAAAGGCGGCCCACGUGAAAGCGACCUGGGGUCGGCGCUGCGAUCGGCUUCUAUUUAUGAGUUCUGUCAAGGACGAUAAUCUCCCUUCCGUGGCACUACCAGUUGGUCAAGAAGACCGAGAUCACCUUUGGGAAAAAACCAAGUUGGCGUUCUCGGAGAUAUAUGAACAUCAUUUAGAAUCAGCCGACUGGUUCCUGAAAGCGGACGAUGAUACUUAUGUCGUCAUUGAAAAUCUACGCUACUUCCUUAGCGCACAUGACGCAUCGGAACCAAUCUACUUCGGGCAUAAGUUUAAACCCUACGUAAAGCAGGGUUACAUGAGCGGAGGGGCAGGAUACGUGAUGUCUAAAGAGGCCGUCCGAAGGUUCAUCGAGUUUGGUAUCCGCUCGAACCAAACAAAAUGUCGACGCGACCACAACGGUGCGGAAGACGUAGAGCUCGGGAAGUGUUUAGCGGAUGUAGGCGUCGACGCGGGCGAUUCACGUGACGCUGGGGGCAGAGGCAGAUUUUUCCCGCUCACACCUGAGGCUCAUCUCAUCCCGGGUCAUAUGCCACCCGACUUCUGGUUUUGGAACUAUACCUACUACCCAAUGAAAAGCGGCAUGGAGUGCUGUUCAGAUACAGCAAUCUCUUUUCAUUACGUAUCGCCAAACAUGAUGUACGUCAUGGAGUACCUACUGUAUCACUUGCGACCGUAUGGAGUUGAACACUACAUCGCUCCUUCACAACAAACUGAAGACGACACGCCUCAUCAGCCGGCCACAACUUCUUCACGGUCAUCAUUGACUCGAAACGAAAUCCGACAAGUAUGGUCACUAGAUGCGCCACAACGUCCCACGGCUAAAAUGCAGGAGUCAUCGUUGCAGUCGUCCACAUCGUCAGCCACCAGGUUUAAGCAGUCUGGGGAUUCGAUCGGCAACGCUUUAUGAGCAUAAACACCGUAAUAGCUAUAGGAAACACAGUCAGUCGUCAUAUCCUGUGUGCGCUAGGAUAAGUAAUUUCACCUGCCGCCUUCCACUGACAGGAUUCCUCCAAGUAUAAGCGCAAGCGUGGGACGACUCGGCAGAUGAGCAGUGCUGUGGAUCUCCUAUUGUAGGAUCUCGCAUGUAGGACCAAGCGGCCAAUCACCGCUAUUUCCUUGCCGACCUCAGCUUGGCAUAUAUAUAUAUAUAUAUAAUUUCUUUCUGGGCGGAAAGAAUGUGGGCAGAAUACAAUGCAUGCGACCGUUUCGUGUCGACUGUCAAAAUAUGGUAGUUCAGUAAAACUAUGGUCGGCCGUUUUAAUUUGUAUGGCUAUAUAUGCUUCCAACAGAAGAACAAGGAAGAUGAAUUACUUAAUCAGAAUGGGUUACCAUACGUGUACAGCAAAUUUCCACUAACAAAUAGGCCUACAAGGAGGAUGCCUACAUUCAAAUGAACGUUCCAGACAUGAACUCAUUUUACUAAUUAUUGAUAAUCGAAGCGUUAUCAAUAAAAGCCGAUAGGGAAAAUAUUUCUUGAAAUUAAGUAAGGUCAUAAAAAUAAAAUAAGUAUAUAACACAUGGGAGACUCGAACUCACCACCUUUGUAUGCAGCUUUUAUUAACGCUAUUAUCGAAGCAAAUAAUACUAGAUAACACAAGGCAUUAUAUGAAAGCGGAAGGGAACUAACUGCUGCUGCUGAUGAUGAAAACGUGUAGCUGCUACACUCGCGCACUCACACAGUGACGAUGUAAUGCGACUAAGAUGAAGCGAUAGAUACCUUCCAUGAUGAGAUAAUUGAACUUACACGAAGAUCAAGGAUAACGAUAGUCUUCUGACAGUCUACAAACUAUAUCGAUCCUGCCAAACUGAACAGAGAGAGAAAGAGAGAGAAAAAAAAAAAGUUGUUUUUUACGUAUUUUUAACGUAUAAUCGAGUUCCAGUACUUAAUUCAUUCCAUUUAGCAAGACGUGACAUUGAUGAUUCUGGUGCUCUCGGCUGGUUGGCUCGGUACUUGCAACUAGAACGUAAUAUUGCCUCCUCUGUAACAACGUACAAUACACCACAUCGAAGCGUUAUAUAAUUUUGACUUUAUUAUUUAUAUGCCUGUGACGACGAGAUGUGUUCUAGCGUGAAUGAAAAUCAACGAGUAUUUUCGUUAUUUGUUUAGAUUUCGUUUGUGUUUAGCUUCUGUUCGUCGUCUGGAACUAUAGUAGGUAGAUCAUGGUUUUCGUAAGCUUGCUUCCAGUCACACUCAAUGCGUUCGAGUCUUUUAAAGGAAGCUUCAGAUACUAGUUAAUGAGGUGUGAGUAUGAGUACCGAGAUGAAGAGGUAAAAGCGCUACAAAUCCUUAGAUGGUCACUGGCAAUUUGCAUACCAUUCCUGUAUUUGUAAAUAAUAUUAGGAUUCAUGACGUAGCAGGCUUCAGCCGAAAACAAACGUAA